AUGGACGAUGUGUCAUGGCUGCAGCCACCUCGACUGUCCGAUCUCACGGCAUUUGGUCUAAUUUGCACGUGUCUGGUUCUAUAUGUUACUCACGUGGCCUGGGAUGUGUUUUUCGGUCCACUGUCUCACAUACCAGGACCCAAACUGUGGGCUGCCUCGUACAUACCGAAAGCUCGUAUGUUAUGGACUGGCUCCGAAGCUAGAACCAUGCAGCGAUUACACGAGGAAUACGGUUCUGUCGUCAGGAUCGCACCUCGCGAGCUCAAUUACUCAGAUGCCGCAGCCUGGAAGGAUAUCUAUGGCCAUAAAUACGGCGACAAAACAAGAACUUUCGAGAAAGACACCAAGCAUUAUGUUGGCAAUCCAAACAAACCUAGAGACAUCCUUACCGCGACUGGUGCAGUGCAUAUCCGUCACCGUCGGGUUCUCGCCAACAGUUUCUCAGAUAAAGCUCUGAGGGACCAAGAGCCGUUGCUGAAGCGAUGGGCUGGCCUGAUGGUUCUGAAACUCAAGGAAGUUGCGGUUUCUGGAGAAGCUGUAGACAUUGUCGCAUUUUACAACUUUACAACCUUUGACAUGAUGUCGGAUUUGACAUUUGGUGAACCACUGAAUAUGCUUGCAAGCUCCAAAUAUAAUCCAUGGGUCAGAACUAUAUUUGGAAGCAUCAAGGCUAUAACGAAGCUCAUUGCGCUCAAACAAUUCGCACUCGUGCCUUGGCUAUUAGCAAACAUUGUGCCUGAAUCUGCUCACGUCAAAGCCGGAGAUGCUAAAUCUGGCAUGUCGCUCGGCGAGAUGUAUGCGAAUGCUGCUAUAUUCAUGCUUGGUGGCACUGAGACUACCGCGACGCUAUUGUCUGGCUUGACAUACUACCUCUUAAUAAACCCGGAUAAAAUGGCCAAGCUGGUCGCCGAGAUUCGUGGAACAUUCGCAUCCGAGAGCGAUAUCACUGUGGACGAGCUGGCGCGACUAACUUACCUGAAGGCCUGCAUUGAAGAAGGUCUACGAAUGUAUCCACCAGUGCCCGGCAGUCUACCACGCAAGGUUCCUGAGGGCGGCGCGCUCGUCGCUGGGCAGUGGAUCCCUGGGGAUGUUACCGUGGCGAUCAGUAACUGGACUAUCAAUCACAGUGCUAUAAAUUUCCGUCAUCACGAUAGAUUCGUGCCGGAACGCUGGACGGGCGAUUCAGAGUAUGCAUCCGACAAUCGAGCCGCGUGUCAACCAUUCAGUACUGGAUCGAGGAACUGCAUUGGCAAAAAUUUGGCUUAUCAUGAGAUGCGUCUACUGCUGUCUAUGACGUUGUUCCACUUUGACCUCACUCUGGAGGAAGAAAGCAAGGACUGGUCUGAUCAGAAGGUGUACUUACUUUGGGACAAGAAACCAUUGAUGGUGAGGCUCAAAGCUGUCAGAUCAUGA